UUGUUGACCUCUGUCUGAAACGCCGACUACAGAGAGACAAUUUCUCUGAAUAAAGUCAUGCAAGUCAUUUACCAAGCCUGUUGAUUUGAGGAUGAUGAUUCACAUUCAGCUUUCACUAAAGCCUCUUCCUGAGUUGUUUUGCAUCGCUGGCAUGGUUUUCCCAGGCACAACCUUCACAUACGGCCUGCAUGGUUAUUGGAAGGUUCCGGGCCUCAACAUCCCCAUGGUCAUACCCAGCCUCACCACCCUGCAGGAGGGUGUUCUCAGCCAGGGGAAAGCCAAGUGGAGUUUAAGGAACUGCUUCUGGGUGCUACACUGCAUGACCGAGACCUAUUGUCUGUUUACCAGGACAAGGCUUGCUGAGGCUCAUUGCAGAGGAUCACAGCCAUUGUUGGAAUUGGAGGUGGCGAUCCUUGCAUGUGUGAGUGUGUGUCCUCUGAGCGGAGCAGAGGAGAGACAGUGAACCACGUGAAGUACUCGAGUUGAUGACAACUACAGUCGUUGCAUUACUUGCAGCACACGGCCCAGUGGAGAUGAAAACUCCUGCUGCGGGCUGGAGACCUACCUGGGCCGCAGUUCUUAUUCAAUGCCCACAAUAAGGCGAGAGACCAGCCCCCAUGACACCAGCAGUCAAGUCUGAUUGUGGCACAGCAGACCAUUUACCAAUCUGUCUAUCCCUCCAGAUGUGGGUUAAAAGAUGACACAUACUGGUUUAAUCCACUGAUGUUGUAACCUGUUCAGCACGCACAGCACCCCUACUUUAAAAGGAAAGAGAGAACGAGGGGAUGGUAGAGAGACAAAGACAAAGAGGGAGGCAAAAAUCCAGACAAGCUUCUAUUUUAUUUGUGGGUUUGGGAAAGCCUCCUUCUCUGGUGGAAGACAUAAUGUCGGACUGCAGAAGGCAGUGGAACCGGGAGGAUGAGCUACCGGUCUACCUGGCGGGGCCCAUCACCACCGGGCCGAACCAGCGGAAAACAUACGGCAUGUUCAGCUCCGUGGAGGGCGCGUUUGAAAGCAAGACCAUAGACUUCGAUAACUACGCGGUGGGGAGGAAAGGGAGCCGCACCCCGAGAAGCAGGAGCCAGGAGAGGGUUUUAGACACUGGUGACCCCACCGGCAAGAUGCCCAGCGAGGCCCGGGAGGAGUCACUGACCAACUCACCCGGGGAGAGAGACGACCGACGCCCCGGUGUUGAGGUCAUAUAUUCAUCGGGAAACGAAAGCCCAAAUGGGAAGAGUGAAAGGCUAUUGAUUAAAGGAGGGCGUGUGGUCAAUGAUGACCAGUCUCUUUACGCAGAUGUCUACAUCGAAGAUGGCCUCAUCAAGCAGGUGGGGGAGAAUCUGAUUGUUCCAGGGGGGGUCACGGUGAUCGAGGCUAAUGGCCGCAUGGUGAUACCAGGGGGAAUAGAUGUCAACACCUGUCUGAUGAAGCCUUUCCUGGGCACACAGCCUGUUGAUGAUUUCCUCCAGGGCACCAAGGCUGCACUUGCUGGGGGCACAACCAUGAUCAUUGACCAUGUGACCCCCCAGCCUGGGGACAGCCUGCUGGAGGCGUUUGAGCGCUGGCAGGAGGCUGCAGAUAAGAAGGCAUCUUGUGACUACUCCCUGCACGUUGACAUCCCCGAAUGGAAUGAGACUGUUAAAGAUGAGUUGGAGCUACUGGUGCAAGAGAAAGGUAUCAACUCCUUCCAACUCUACAUGGCUUAUAAGGAUUUGUACCAGAUGACAGACUCACAGCUAUAUGAGGCUCUCUCCUUCCUGAAGAAGCUAGGUGCUGUGGUGUUAGUUCAUGCUGAAAAUGGAGACCUGAUUGCUCAGGAACAGAGAAAAAUCCUCGGGAUGGGAAUCACCGGACCUGAAGGCCAUCCCCUGAGUCGUCCUGAAGAGCUAGAGGCUGAGGCGGUGUUCCGUGCCAUCACCCUCGGUAACCGUGUCAACUGUCCUGUCUACAUCACCAAGGUGAUGAGUAAAAGCGCAGCCGACACUAUUACCCAGGCCCGGCGGAAAGGUUCUGUGGUUUUUGGGGAGCCAAUUACAGCCAGCCUGGCCACUGAUGGUUCUCACUAUUGGAGCAAGAACUGGGCCAAAGCAGCGGCUUAUGUGACCUCUCCACCUUUGAGUCCUGACCCCACAACCCCAGACCAUCUCAACACACUUCUGUCCUGUGGGGACCUACAGGUGGUGGGCAGCGCUCACUGUGCAUACAGCAUUUCUCAGAAAGCAAUUGGUAAAGAUGACUUCACUCUGAUCCCAGAGGGAACCAAUGGAGUGGAGGAGAGAAUGGGUUUCGUCUGGGACAAGGCUGUGGCCAUGGGGAAGAUGGAUGAGAACCAGUUUGUGGCAGUGACAUCUACCAACGCUGCAAAAAUCUUCAACCUAUACCCACGCAAGGGCCGGAUAGCAGUGGGCUCUGAUGCUGACAUUGUCAUCUGGGACCCUGAGAACAUCAAAACCAUCACUUCCAAACUCCAGCAGUCGGCUUCAGAAUACAACAUCUUUGAGGGCCUGGAGUGCCAUGGGGGACCAGUGCUGGUGUUGAGUCAAGGUCGGGUGGUAUAUGAGGAAGGAAAGCUGCAGGCACAGCAGGGUACUGGUCGAUUUAUUCCCCGCAAGCCCUUCCCAGACUAUGCUUACCAGCGCAUUAAGUUCAGGAACCAGGUUAAGGGCAAGCAAGGUGUUAUUCGUGGGAUGUAUGAUGGGCCUGUGUAUGAUGUCAUUCCUACACCCAAAUACAUCACACCUGCGCCGUCGGCCAAAACAUCACCCACCUCUCACCAGCCACCACCAAUACGCAAUCUUCACCAGUCCAACUUCAGCCUAUCAGGGGCACAGACUGAUGACAACGUCCCUCGUCGAUCUGGUCACCGUAUUGUAGCACCCCCUGGUGGUCGCUCUAACAUCACCAGCCUUGGUUGAACACUUGACACUUCUGCCCAAAGUGUGGUUGUUGUGGGGUUUCACCUCUUGAGUGUGUGUGAGUGUAUGUGUAUGACUGAGAGUGUGAGCACACUGGCAUGGAUGAAUACCUUUGCAUUUUUUGGUACAAUGGUGACAUGCUCUUUAUAGACCAUUAUGAUUUUAUCAGUUUGCCUUGAGUCCAUGCUCACUGAGAAGAAGCACAUUUAUACUUAAAUGUACAAGAAGAGUGUGAUUUACUAUCAGAACAAGUCAAACCCACAGACUCAUGAUCGGGCCACUCACUCACACACAUACACACACACACGCAUGCACACACACAGAUCUGGUGUUGGACCCCCUCCAAGCACCCAAAUAUAACCCCAGUGUUAUGUCAUAAUGUUGUUAUCUCCUUCUCCAUGAGCAUGAUUUCCUCCUUACUCUUCCUCACACCCCACGUGUUACUAUAUGAGUCUGCUCAGACAUGGUGCUCCUCUCCACCCAUGUGGUGGACAGCUGUAGAAAUAACAGGUUCCUCCUGCAUCUGGUAUUCAACAUCUUUGCAAUAUUUGUUUCAAUGUGGCUCAAGUGGAUCAGUUAUACAUAUUGCAUGGACACAUCUUUAGGUGUUACACUACUUGUGGUUUAUUGUUACAAUGGAGGAACACUUAAAUUGUAUUCGAGGCACACUAGUAUUCAACAGCACAAACAUAUUCUUAUAUAAAUGUUUGCUUUGAAAACAUAUUCACUGUGGAUAGAGCCACCUGUUACCAUGUUCAAAAACAUAUUAUUUUUUACACAUUACUGUGAACUUCAAUAAAAGCAAUGCAACUUCCUCUCCACCAUUAGAUACUAUAUGCAAACGUGUCAAUAUAAAGUGUGAAACAACUAAAGUAGAUGAGCAGUUGAAACAAACACAGAAACAGCUGUUGGCUGCAAAAUGAAUUCCUAGAUCGCUCUACCUGCAUAACAGAAUUUCACAGUGAAGAAUUUAUGAUGUGUGUAAUAGUUUUUUGCCAAUCACUCAUGCCAGAAAUAGAUCUUUGUUGUGAUGUCAUGCUCAACCCACUGCUGUAAAAGGGCUUCAGCUGCUCUUUGAAACUUUGCUGAAAAUCGUUUAAAGCUGUUUUUAUUUGAUUUGAUUGAUUCAGGGUGUUUUCUUGGUAAAUGUAAUGUUUCUAUGCCGCUCUGUUUUUGUUGCUGUUGUCUGGUGUCUCCAAUGGAACCACUAAUGAUCAAUAAAGACUUGACUGUUGUCAAAAAUAA